UGGCACAGUGAAAAGAAAUGAGGAGACCAUGCAGCAAAGCAAACCAUCCUUCCUGGAGUACUUUGAACAGAAAGAGAAAGAAAACCCAGCAAACAGUCACAGUAAUCGCAACGCACUUCAGAACUCCUCUGAUAACUGGAAGGUACCGCAGGAUGGGGACUUUGAAUUCUUGAAGAGCUGGAGUGUCGAAGAGCUACAGAGAAGACUCAGCUCACUGGAUCCCACUAUGGAACAGGAGAUUGAAGAGAUUCGCCAGCGCUACCAGGCCAAGAGACAACCAAUCCUGGAUGCCAUUGAUGCCAAGAAGCGACGGCAGCAGAACUUCUGAGAGAGUUCCCAUCACCAGGAUGAUGUGCUGAGCUCACCUUCGUAAGCACUCAAGACUCUGAGAGGAAAAUCUAUUUACAGAGAACAGAACAUGCAUUCUCUUUGUCAAACACAUUCGCUCUCUCACGCUCGCUCUCGCUCACUCGCUCUCGCUCGCUCUCGCUCGCUCUCUCACUCGCUCUCUCACGCGCUCUC